AUGUCGUCUGUUGCUAAAGAGGUUGAUUUGUCAGGAAAACAAUGCAGAAUUUGCUAUGAUCAGAAUGCAGAUGGAGCUGGUGAUGAGGUGGUGGCUGAGGUUAUGGAAUUGGGGUGUGACUGCAAAGGUGAUCUGGCUACUGCUCAUAAGAAAUGUGCACUAACUUGGUUUCUGAUCAAGGGAGAUUUCACUUGUGAGAUCUGUGGUUCUGGGGUGAAAAAUGUUGAAGCAAUGGCGCCGAAUGUUGCAUCUCAGCAGACACAGGAUGUAAACCGUGUUGAUAUGGAAAGUCAGGUUGUUGAGGAAUUGGGACCUAUUUUCGAGCCUGGAAGUGAAAGUGCCUUAAUGAGUGAACACGAGUUUGUGUUAGUCCUGCUUUGUUGCACAAUUAUCGCGUUUAUGAUUUCCGUGCUGGUUUACUUCAACAAUUUGCACUAA